UAGAUGAGUAGGAUUGAGAAUCCAAGAGAAGCAUUUGGUUGCUUUUAUCCCCUGCAAUUACAAGUUCACUACAACAAAGAUUCUUACCUUGUGAAGAAUGCAUGGAAAGUAUGCUUUGCUAUCUCUCUUCCCUCACCUCUCUUUCAAAUCCUCUCUAUAAAAUCUACACCUUUGACUGCCUCUCCCAACCUCAAUUCUCAUCCAUCCAAACAAACCCCACCAUGGAAUUGGCCCACUUUCUUCCCAUCAGACCAUGUAACAAAAUGUCACAAUUUGGCCCCCCAUGGAACAUUGGUGCAACAUUUGCAACCUCUUCUAUAGCGUCGAAGCGGGCCGGAAGACGAUCGAUUUGGGUAACUCAUGAUCACUUCCAUGUGGGCCCAUUGGAGGCGGGCCGGGACCCCAAUCGGAGGAGCGUCUCUUCGAAGAACACGGGUUUUCGACUUGUGCCACGGUGCACUCAGAGCUCAGAAGGAGGAGAGAACGAUGAUCGCGCCACAGAGCCGAUCCUUAGGCUCUAUGAGGCGAUCAAGAACAGAAAUCUCCAUGAAUUGUCGCAUCUCAUCAGCGAGGAACGCGGAUAUAUUAGUAAUUUCAUCUCCAUAUUGCCCACCUUCAAUGGGAAGAAGCAAGUCCUGGAUUUCUUCUCUUUUCUGAUAGGAGCAUUGGCAAACAGCAUAAACAUUGUUAUUCACCCCACACCGCAAGGCGGAAUGGACAUCGGCGUUAGUUGGCGCCUAGAAUGGAACAAGUCUUAUAUGCCCCUGGGAAAGGGGUAUAGUUUUCUUAUGAGCCAUGUCUACCAUGGAAAGGUCAAAGUAAGAGAGGUGCAGAUGCUUGUAGGACCACUCAUCCAUGAUCAAUUUACUCAAUGGAAAUUGUUAGGAUUCCUGGGGCCUAUCUUACAUAAAAUUUCUUCAACCACAGGCAAAGAUAGGAAAGCAUUCGUGUAUUGGUUUCUCACGGUAGCCUUCAUGACUACCUUAUUCAUGGCAGUCAAGUACUCUCUAUUUUGAUUUUCAAGAAUCCAUAAAAGAAUCCGAACCGUCUAUCAGGUGAGAUACAGCUUCAAGAUCAACUGACCAGAAUCUGUGGUCCGUAGACUAUCAGGUAAUCCACAAGAGUCAAGAAAAAGUGAAAUGAAAGAUAUUAGCAUUGUUUUUGUUCGUAUACGGCCUAGAUGAUAAUAGAUCAGCCUGAGUUUCUCGACCACAUGAUCUGAUAGUGGGACUCACCUGAUACAACGGUCGGAUGUCGUUCUCACCUACGAUGUAUAUAAACUCAGAUGUACAUGUAUGUACCAUACGAAAUUCUUUGAGAAAUCUACACGGUGGAGUCUGGUUAAUGUCUUUUGCAAUGUUCCAUACUCUCGCAGAGUGUGAUGGAUGAUACUCAGGCACUUUGAAAUUGCACACAUGGAAGACAGGCAAUUCAAAUUAUUCAAAAUCAUAGGAUGUAACAUGAAAAAUAAAAAAUAAAAA